UCCAUCCUCAUCCAUGGCCGGCGAUCCAUGCCCGGAUGCGCUGCACCACCAUCCAUCCAUCCGUAUAGUACUAUAUAUUUAGUGAUUCAUUCAAUCGAUUCAUCUCGUCGCACCGAUGAGAAAUAAUAAGACGCCGGCGGUGGCGUUGGUGUGCCUGCAGGCGCAGCACGUCGCCGGCCUUCCCGCCGCCGCGGAGGGUCGCCAGGUCCUGUUGCGCCUGCUCCAACAGCAGCAGGUUGCAGCAGCAACGUGCAGGGAGGGCGUGGCCGCCUUCCACGACCGGGUGCUCCUCCUGGACUGCGCGCCCGUCGGCAGCAUGGACAUGGGGGACUUGGCGGUGGCCGUCGCGGUCACGGUGGGCGACACUGCUAGAGCUGCGGUGGUCGACGUCAACCUCGCAGAGCAGCUGCGCCGCCCCUCCCCCCGUGUCCUCAGAUUCGUGCUCGGCGGCAGUGCAGCCGGUGCCGUGCUCUGUCUGACUCUGCACCACAGGCGGCUCAUGGCGCGCCGCCGCGGAUGCACGGCGGCGCUGCUGAGCUGCCUGCGGAUGUCCCCGCCCCCCGCACCGGAAGAGGCACGCGGCAAUGGCAUGGACGACGACGACGAUGAGUCCUCCUCCGGAUUCAUCACCAUCGACAAGGGUACCAUCUCCAGGCGGCGCCCGCCGUCCGACACCCUGGUGACCAGCGACGACGACGAGGGCCCAAGCCCAACUAGUGUGAGUGUGAAGGAGGAGGAGGACAGCAACAAGGUGGUGGAGGACGAGUUCCUGGCCAUGCUCAUGCUGGAGGUGGAGGGCGACGCCUUGGAGUUGGACCUGGACGCGCUCAUCGAGGACGCUGGACGCCUUCCCUUCCCUUGAAUCAAAUCAUCUAUACCACUAAUCCUGGUGUAUUCCCUGCAUCAGGAGGGUGCCCAUAUCGGCAAGAAUUGCUGGGCCGUCGGAUCGACGGCCAGUAUCAGAUGGAGAUAUAAAUUUUGUAAAAAACCUAUCGAACUUUGAUGAAAUUAACUUGCAGUCUA